AUGCCUUCACUAUCAGAUACAUUAGAUUCGUUAAAAUCUCGUACAGAGGAAUUAGCUUAUUUAUCAACACUAAAUUCUAAACCAUCCGGUCCAUUCGUUCAAGCUUAUCUCCAUCUCCCUAAUGUAUUAAAUGGUAGUAAUAAUGGAAGAAACAACGUAUUGGAUCUAAUCAGAGAUGCAGGUGAAAGUGAGAGAAGAUUGUUCAAAUUUAUCGGUGAAACGGAUGGUCCAAGUGGGACUGGAAACAAGAGAGUUGAAAAAAGGGAAGGGGGAAUCGUAACUCCUCUGAAAGAACUUAAAUCUACCAAACAGAAAAAUGGCAGAGAUGAGAUUGAAGUGGUUUUGAGAACUGCUAUGAAAUUAGUUGAUGAUUAUCGACCCAUGCCAAGAGCAAGAGCACAUAUAGCGAAUCUAUUAGACAAUCAUCAUUCUUCACAAGAAAGAUUGAUUGAAUUGGAAGAAUUAAUUCGAGAUGCUAGUAAACCACCUCAAGUACCUUCUCCUCUGUCGACGGUCCAGAAGUCGGCUUCACCUUCGCCUCCUAAAGCAGACGUGGCCAAACCUGAUGAAGUGAAAAUGACUCCUGAGGAAUCUAUCAAAGCUGAAGAAGCAUCGUUAAGGGCACUAGAACUUUCUCUUAUACAACUGAGAAAAUCACACCAAAAUCAAGACGGAGGUCAAAAUCCACCAUCAUCGUUCGCCUCACCUCCGCAGUCAACGAGAAAUCUCGCUUCUUCCCCUCCUACAGGAAGGUAUGAACCAAAUACAGAUAUGAUGCAGACUCCCGCAAGACCAUUUGGCGGUAGUAGCGUAAGAGAGAUGAAUCAAACCCCAGCGACAGUAAGACAAAUGCCUCAUGUUACCAAUAGUCUAGUAGUGAACGGUAUGACACCAAGAAGGGUAGAUAGGUUCUCACCACUCAGACUACUCACUCCUAGAGCACCAGUGGGAUCAAGUGGGUUAAGUCAACCAGAAGAAAGAAGAACGAUAUUUGGUAGACCAAGUACUAGUCAUCCUCUAAAUAGAAGUUUGAGUGGAUCUGCCUCUGCAUCAGGCAUUGCUGGAUCAAACAGUCAACCUGUCGUACCUACUCCCGGUGGGCCAUCCACAACAACUCCUUUCAACAAAACUUUGACUAGUUCCACAAACGCUUCUUCCCAUGACGCGGAUGCAAGUUCGAAUGAGGACGAAACUGUAAGAUUCCCAAGGCCCGUUCCGCCGCCGGUCCUGGAAGCUCCAAUCCAGGAAUCCACGCCCGGCAGAACGGACGGAAAUGAACAUCCGACAGAAACGCCAAAAGCCACACCUGACGUGGGAAGCAAGGCACAAGAGAACAAUGGCAGUAGAUUAGAUGGAAUAGAUACGGAAGCGGAUGAGGUGAAAGCUGGUAUUGCCAAAGUCUGGAGUACUUUAGGUGAUAUGAUGCGACAAGGUAUCAAACCAGGUCAAGUUGUGGGAGAGGAUGUUCAAUCGUCUGUUAAACAUCUGAUUCACCUAUCUUCGUCAGAUCUUCCAUCACCUCCAUCCCCAAGCUCUUCUUCCGUAUCAUCCCUUUCAGCGCCCAGUGGAAUCCCGACAAAACCUAUCACGUCAGAAACCAUUCUAUUCUCUCAUCUAUUCAUAUCCCUCUUACGUUCUGCAUCACUCACAAGUGAAGGAAAUGGUGGAGUAGAUAUGAACGAACUGAAAGAGUCUUUGACCUCUAUUGCUAAAGCAAGGAAAUUCGAUGGUGCCAGUGGAUUAGGCACAAAAGUGAUCUACGCUGCAGUGGGUAAAAGGACUGUUAAAAUUGAAAGGAAAGGUGGAAGUGGUAGAGUUAGAUUUGCAGAUUAA